AUGUUGAAACGACCUCUCCCAACCAACACGAGUGAUGCCCGCUGCAGUUGUGCGAGGAACUGCCCUCGCCAAGUCCUUGAAAGCCAAUCCACUCUGGAGACCUUGUUAGCGCGAAAUUUCGCAGCUAUCGAGGGUGACUAUAUCACUUGGUUGAUUGAUGACCCCUCAUCCCCGACCAUUCUAUAUGAAGAUGAGCCAACCGUCGUACCAACCCAUCAGUCCACCCCAGAAACCUCUUUAGUGCGAGUCCUCGCAGCUUUCGAAGGUGGCUACAUCACUCAGCUGAUCGACGAUUCCUCGUUCUCAACCACUCUGUAUGAAGUCGAGCCAAUCAAUCCCAUACCCUCGAUAGCGCGAACAAUCACUGCUUCUGAGAGCAAUGAUUCAGCUAUGAUGGACGACGCCUCUUCACUUCCCCUAUCCAUGUUAGCGUGUACAUCUGUAGCUUUCAAAGAUAACACCUUAGCCAUGACAGACGUUGACCCUACACCCUCUCUACCCACAUUAGCACACACAUCCGCUGCUUCCAAGAGUAACCACCCAAACCCGAUGGAUGACCUCUUCAUGCCUCUUACAUCCAACAUUUCGGAGGGUAAUGAAGUAGCUAUGAGGAACAAUGACUCGGUGCCUCCCAUGCUCACGACAGCAUUCUUAUCGACGGCCGUAUCACCUGAGGAAUUCCCCUCCUGUCAUCGCCCUAAUCACCAAUCACCACCGUUUAAACCAGGUGUCUGUGAACAGACCACUUCGUUGUCCUAUUCGACAAAAUGGACAACCUAUGCUUCCAAUGACAACUGCCACAAGAUUGAAUUCCACAACACCAACUGUUCCACUAGUCAUGAAAUCGUAGCAUUGAUAAGAUCUAGGGAAAGGGGGAAGGGAGUGUCGAUGGCAGAAGGGCCUGCGCGAAUACCUGCUGCUUUCGAGAGCAAUGGCGCGACUGCAAUGGACAAUGACUCUACACUUUCCAUACCCAUGUUAGAGUCCCCAUUCUGUCAAUACCCUACCAUCGACCCAGCCCGCCAAUCUGCCUUCCAAACCCUGCUAGCGCAAAACAUCACAGCUUUCAAGGGUGGCUUCUUCACUAGGAUGACCAACGACUCCCCGUUCUCGACCACUCCAUACAAAGACGAGCCAAUCAUCGACCUAGCCAGCCAAUCUGCCAUGGAAACCUUUAACACAUUUCAGUGGAACAACAUCCUCCCGUCUUCAGUAGCUCUGGCCAUGUCCGCUUCACCGAACGAUAGCAUCCUAUCGCCUCUCCCAAACUAUAUGGGCUAUGCCUGCUGCGUCUGCAUGAGCGAUAGCUACCUCCAAGAUCAUAGAAGCAAGAAUUCCUUCGAGCGGACGAGCCCGGCGAUCCUCCUAUCCUCUGAAGAGCUCACACCCUGUCAACACCCUAAUCAUCAGCUACCAUUGCUCAAACCAGGCGGCUGCUGGCAAACCUGUCCUUUACUCCUACGAACAGGUUUGAUGGCUUGUCCUGCAACUGACGACAUCAACAUUCUCAAGCUUUGCCACAUCAACUCUGCUAAUUACAAAUACAUGAAUCUGGCAAGAUUUGAAGAGCAUGGCCUCAAGGCUACCUUCCCCUUGAACGGUGAUUCCUCACUGACACCCAAAUCUAUGUUUACAAGUCGUCACACUGUAGGCCAUUCGAGCCUUAACGGAACUCCCUCUGAGCCUGUUAGUUUGCAAAGGGCAAAUUACUUAUUUACACCUGGUAUAAGCAUCCGCAAUCCUUUAAUGUCAAAAACGGCCAGGAAGAAUAGAGAAAGAGGACUGUCAAUAACAAGAGAAUCUACCCUCCGAGCUUCCCCUUCCACGAACGAUAGACCCUUACCUGCCAUAGGACCUGUGCCCAACAAGGGUACGACUAAAGCGCUCGCUGCUCAUAAGAGCACGAACCCCCUUAGGAACGACUUCAGCGACUCCAACUGUUUGGAUAGUCACGAUCUCGUAACACUGACAAACCUUAGAAGUAAAAGGGAAGGAGUGAUAAUGGAAGAAAAAUACAUCCUUGACACUGUCUUCCUCAUGGGUGACAGCCUUUUGCCUCUGUCAGACUCCAUAUGCCUAGAAUCACGCUCAUUAAUCAGGUCUGAACCAGGGAGUCGAACUUCGAAUUCUGCCACUAAGCAAAGCAUGAAACAAAUAUCUCUACCUGGUAAGAGUGCGACCAAGAUUCUUGCUGCUCUGAGAAGUGCAGAUGACUUCGAAAUGGUCAUCUUUAGCAAGAUGACUCAGAAGUCUUCAUUCCCCAAUGCAACUUUGCUUAUCGACUACUGCACAGCAGUCACGGCCGAUGGAACCCAAGCGUCUCCAUCAAGUCGAGUUGAAGAAAAAGACGAGUUGGAAACAAUGUCUGAAGAUCACAAGGGCCUUGUCCCCCUCUCCAAACCUGCGCUGUCAAGUCCUCUCAUCCCAGGUGAUACAAAAUUAGAAGGAAUGCAGGGCAUUCAGUAG